UAUGCGUUCUGCGUUCCCUCGAGGAACUGGCAGCCUUCGACGAACGGUGGUUGAGAACUCGCCGGAAAGGGCUCGCCAUCGGCACGUCGAUCCAGCCGUUAGAGCCGCCCGAGCCCAGGCAAUCCGACAGUUACGAGAAUAUCCCGAGCUAAGGGAGCGGGCGGCUGAAGCAAUCCGGCAGCGUUACCUGUGGGUUGCUUAACCGUGACGAAGGUCAGGUGCACGCAGGACAAGCUUCGCUUAUCCCCAUUUUCCGGAAGGGGAAGGGAUUUAGCGUCUCGAGGUCUCGGUCGUCGUCAGGGGCGCCGGCGACUUGGAGCCUCUUCCGGCAAGGGUGGGCCCCUAUUCCAGGGCUCCACUGAGCCUAGCUACCUCACUAGCGUGCUGCACUAAGGCCCUUUGGACCGUGAGCUCGCAGCUGAUCACAGCUGCAAGAAACUGCCGGCAAGAAGACUUCAUCUACCCAGGCUGCGCCACUUAUCGCCCCAAGAAAAAGCAUCUUGCCAGUGGCCGUGUCUGCCAAGAUCACAGCUGCAAGGAACUGCCGCCAAGAAGACUUCAUCUACCUAGGCUGUGCCACUUAUCGCCCCAAGAAAAAGCAUCUUGACAGUGGCCGUGUCUGCCGCCUACCAUCUGCCGCAGUGCGCCUGCGCGGAACCCCAAGCCCUUUGGUUUAAAAGCCCUGCAAGAGGCACGUUCGCAUCAGUUGGCAGCAACGGUUACGGCUACGUGCACGCAUACUGAACCACUUCUUUCCGCCUGUACAGAAAAUGAAGUGCACGGCAUGCCAUUGCAUCUUGUUCAUGUUUCUGCAACUGAGUAGCCAAGAAAACUCAGGCCAACAGCAAUAUGUCGACGUGACUGUCAACACUACAACAGGGUGCUUGAGAGGAAUGGUUGUCCCCACAAAAACUAAACCAGUGCGUGCGUUUUUGGGUAUUCCUUAUGCGGAACCACCGGUAGGCACAAUUCGAUUCAGGAAAACAGAACCACGAAGGCCAUGGGCGGGAGUCCUUAGCGCAACGGUUCUGCCACCAAUGUGCCCUCAGUUACCGUUGAACUUCAACAGCUACUAUCUGGUUAAGGACACCGAACCCAUAUCAGAAGACUGCCUUUUUCUUAAUAUCUACAGUCCACCCGCUAACGGCACAUCCCUGAAGCCUGUUGUCAUUUAUAUUCACGGAGGUUUCUUUUCGUACGGUGGUAUUUCAAUGAAGCUCCACGACGCCUCUGAGCUGUCGGCCAGAGGAGAUGUUGUCGCCGUUACUGUUGCGUAUCGGCUAGGUGCCUUCGGAUUUCUUAACAUGGGCACCGACGAUGCCCCAGGUAACAUGGGCCUUCAUGACCAGCUCCUAGCACUUCUCUGGAUAAAAAACAACGUCAAGGCUUUCGGUGGAGACCCAGACCAAAUAACGUUGGUUGGUCAGAGUGCAGGGUCUUAUUCUAUAGCUGUACACUUGGUGUCUCCUGGUAGCAAGGGUCUGUUCCGCCGUGCCAUCAUGCAGAGCGGAAGCCCUUUCACAACUACGCUUGAGAACAGCAAGGAUCAGGCGCGCCACAGAGCCCGUGUUCUGGCAGAAAUGCUUGGUUGUGGUUCACCAAGAAAGGACUCAAGAAGUGUCAAAACAACGAUUAAUUGCAUGCGAUCAAAGAAUGUGGCAGAGAUCUUGAAUGCAACUGGCAGUUUCACAACCCAAGGUCUCGAUGGUUUCUUCCCAGUUGUUGGAGAUGAACUGAUACCCGUAAAACCAGGACAAGCACUGAUGAGUCGAGAGCUAAAUGCGCGCGAGCUACUGACCGGCAUUUCUUCAGCUGAAGGCGAUGGACUCCUAGACUUUGUGGCUAAGGGGUUCCGGGAUGACACCGAUGCGGCCGACAUUACAAAAAAGACAAUGAUUUUUUUCGCUAAAGGUAUGAUGAUCACGCUGUUGGACCGGGAAUCGGAGUCAAUCAUCCAUCACUAUUUCGGUGGUUCGAAUGUCCGCGAUGGCAUCGAAUCUGUGCACGCGGCGGCUGACCUGCUGGGUGACAGCCAGCUGGGAUGCCCUACGUUAGGGUUUGCCAAAAGGUUUCUCGGCUCAGACACGACUGUCUUCAUGUACCAGUUCUCGCAGCAGCCAUCACAUAUUGGGUGGCCAAAGUGGGUGCGACCGACUCACGCGGAUGAAAUUGCGUUUGCCCUUGGAUCAGUAUUUAAACUUGAAAGUGACAUCUCUGAGGACGACGCCAAAGCCGCGGAGAACUUCAUGCACAUUAUUUCUGCGUUCAUCCAUACCGGAGUACCACAUGUUCCGGACAACACUCCCUGGCCGAAGUUUGGUCGAGAACAACAUUACAUGGAAAUUGGAAAGGAAGGCAACGUCAACCAAACACACCUUCUUCAGUCUGUGUGCGACAUGUGGGAAGAACUGAGGCCGUAUGAGUGAAGUGCCGUUCUAGAGCACCAUUCUGACGCGCCAUACUUUUGAAGGCCGUGGAAAGCGACAUGCUGACUUAGUCGGGGCUACUGUUCAGUGCAAGCAGGAUCAAGACAACCAUUGCACAGAUCGUUAAGAUGCGCGCACUAAACAUACCGCAACUGAAAUCACGUGUUAAAUUUUGUCGGUUUUUCUGGUAUGAGCAUCAAUCUUGUUAAGGUUUGUGCGUUUUCCCGCCUCAGCGUGAUAGGGAGCGCUUAUUUAUUAUUUUCAUUGCUGUCGUUGCAGCUGCUGACCUUGAACAGUUGCAACAAAAAUAUACAGAGAAAAAAGUAAAUCCGGGACGCUUAGUUUGUACGACGCGCUUAUACGUGGCAUAAACAAAAUAAAAUAGAUUAACGUUUUCGUUAAUGUUAAGUCAGGAAUUGACAACAUGCCCGACCACCCAACAUCAUCAGCACUGCUGGAAGCUGUAGUAAGCUAAAGAUGGUCCGCUAUGACCCUCAACAACAUGUCUUCUGACAAGCUAUUCACGCUAGACGCCUCCUUUAAUACAACGAAAUAAUCAAAUAAGCAGAUAAAUCUGCAUGAAAACGUUACUUCAUAUAAUCUACUAAGUAUGACAGGGAAAAUUCAGAUUUAGCUGUAAGUAACAGAGCACGUAGAUACAAAGAAAACUGACACUGGUCGCCCAUGUACAUGUCAAUUCCAGGUCGAUGCCAAAUGUUUCUUUCCUAAGCUAGUGUACGCCUUCAGGACUCCAGCAGAUGCGAUUGAGUUAAAUCACUGAUCGUAUCCGACGUUGCCCGCCGAAGUCGCUCAGCCGCCUUUGCGUUCAACUGAUAAGCACGAGGUCACGGGUUUGGUUACCUAAUUCAGCAGCUCUAUUUGGCUGAGGGCACAAUCAAAACCACUCGCGCAGUUAAACGUUAAAGAAAUCCAGGUGGCCUAAAUUAAGCCACAACAUCCUACCAUGGUGCAAAACUAUCACGCACUAUUUUCUGCAGGCAAACUUGUUUAUUCUUUCCAAUUAGCCAGUGUUGCGCCUCAAAUCGGCCACGCGCAAUCUUUUGCUGCUUCCCCAGAAUCAGCCUCCUUCACCAGCACCCAGACGACGAAAACAGGGCCCGACACCGAUUGUGACGGCUAAACAAGCGGUUCUCCUAGAGGACCCCUCACCAGGUCUGGCCAUGUUGAGCUGACAAGCGCAGAGCAUACAUUGCGCGAUAACGAUCGUGUCUGCAAAGUAUUACAUCUCUACGCGCCGCAGAAAGAUCUCGAAGUUAAAAUUGAGCUCCGGUUUCCCUUCUCGCGGCCGCCGCGCUCCAAGCCGGAGGAUGACUUACACGUGUAGUGCGCCUACGUACACGUGUUUGCACUGUGAUGUCGCUCGUGGUAACACGUGACUUCGAGAAUUAUUUAAGGCAACAUCCGUUAUUUAUGUAUUAUGUUGCUUGAAUAGAGGAAUUAAAGCUUAGAGAAAUAAUAAAACACACAAACCGAAUGGCUGCAUGUUUUUGUUUUAGUUUGCACCGCAGCAAGAGAGAUGCACUUCCGUUUCGUCUGCUUGUUCCCACGUUGUGUAGUCGAGCGCCCAGACAUCGAAACUAUGUCAUUUUAUACUGUGUUUUAGCGCAGGAUCAUGCUCUGUGAUCCGCUUGUGUCUGCCUCGAUAUUCGUGCUGCACUGACUUAUACCGCUAGUCAGGUGUCCUCGUGCACAGCGCGGAAAAUCGUGCGCGGCACGAAACGAGACGAUAGAUAGUUUUAGUUUUACGUACGUAAAGGCUUUGCGUACGUAGAGCUCUUACGAGUGAGCAGUGCACCUGCGCAGAACGCAAAUGGUUUGCGUGAGCCUCACGAACGUACGUGAGACUCAAAAGUUUGCGUGCGUUCCUUGCGCACAUAGAGAGCUCCGCGCGGCGGUCUCGCGAGAUGUCGAACAAGCGAGAUCAUCAUUGCCAAACACGCUGACAAGGUAGCUCCACGCCUUCGUUUUUCUAAAAACGGCUUGGAUUUGUUGCGAGACUUAAGGGAGUGCAACCCCUUUGAGGACACAUGCGGUAUAGUACUUCUAUAGGCAUUGCGAAGCUCCGAUCGGCACAAGAACACACUUUUGCGUGUUUUGCGCGCCAAUCCAACUCAACUGGCUUGGCUUUGAUUUGUCUUGGAUGUCAAUUUCCACAGCAGUAUAUAUACCAGGCGAUAAAUGGCGAUACAUGGUCGCUUUUGGCGUGCGUCGCGUACGUCUAGCUAAAAGCGUUUCAGAUGCAGUGCGCGUAUGGUACGUAGAGCUUUCACGUUUGCGUGCGUGAAGUUGCGUACGUGUAACUAAAACUGACUAAUCACAACAGCUUGCGCGGGACGCCGUCAGCUGAAGUGCGCCGCGCUGCAAAAACGCGAAGAGAAAAAUAAAGUGAAGGCGGGGCCCGUGACGAAUGCGUCACGCGAUCCUCGAGGUCCAGUAUGGGAGAACGCAGGGAAGAAAUUUCGCUUGCGCAGGCUAGAAGGGGCGAGUGGAGAGAGCGUCUCGCUUGGCAGUGGUGCUCACCUCCUGAAAUCAUGGGUUCGCGGCACUGAAAUAUUUCUAUCUCGGCUAUUGAUGAGCCGAUUUGAAAACAUUUUCGGCAGAACGCUCCCUAGAGGACACGUAACAACUUCCAGUGUAUAACCUAAAUUUUUAAUGGGGCCUGAUCAGCGGUCCUUCAAGCGACCGCUCCCGCCGGCCUCCCUUGAAGCGGUAGCAACCGUGAACUGUUUCGCGGAGGAAGUGCGAACGAACUCUGUCUCCAGAUUGCCUCGUCCUUGCUUCGAAGGUUAGUUGUCGAAGGCAGAGUUCUGUGAACUAUACGACACCUCUGGUUCGCCGCAACAAGUUCAUCGAAUUUCCUUGCGUAGAGAACUAGCGAAGGAAAACAUUUUAAAGGUGGACCUUUCGUGCAGAGAGGAAGAGCUGAGGUAUCCUGAUGUCUGCAGACAUGUGUGAGCUCUGACUAGAGUCUGACUACUUCUUUUAGUAUGUAAAUAUUUGUAAAAUAAACCCCCUUUUUAUUUCGCUCCUACUCCCCGACGUACUCAUCCACAUGGCACGAAGGAUCCCUUGCCUAUACGCUACCCUGAGUCUCAACAGCAGGUAGAGUAACCCCCGCUUGUGUGAAUUUUCGUAAAAGAUGUUCAUGCACUAGAAUAUGAAAUUUCAGCUUGCUAUCUAUAUCUGCUGUUCAAGUGUUCUGCAAUGAGGCUAAGUAUGUAUCAAACAAAUAUGCUUCAUUAAACACAUCAGCCUUGGUUUACA